UUGGUAGUCGCCCGUCUGGAGAGGCUACUCAUUUUCCACACUAGGUACUCGCCCCAUUUGCAUCGAAAAAAAUCGCCAAAUUGUAAAGGAAGUAUACCAUCUGGUCGUAUGAAUUGGAUAAGUUUAUGCUCUGUGUUGUAUAUCAGCCCGGUGUUCCUACUGUGAUUAACGGGAAAGUGAUCAUUUUUUGCAAUAUUUCUCGACUGAAACCAGGAGAGGUGUGGACUAUCGGGACCUUUCGGCUGCAUUCGGAAAACCUGGCUAGACUUCGGCCUUGCAGAUAUUAUUAGCCAGACUGGUGCAAAUAUACAUGGCAUGUAUGCACAUUGAAACGUGGGUAUAGCAUACAGCUAGCGGAAUGCUCCUCUUGUAGGGAACCAUGCAAUGUAGUGUGUGCGCAUGCAAUGCAUGUUUCAUCGGACGAAGAAAAUCAUGGCAGGUGCAGGUACCACAUGAAAGGUUGUAGGCCUAGAUAGGCGCAGGAUCUUACGCGGAGGUUAGCCGUUUUCCCGGGGAAGGUGCCGAGCCUGCCCAUUCCUGCAUAUAUGUGUCACAUGAGUAUGGACCGCCAAACCGAAUCUUUUGUAUGUUUAGGUCUGAUAGUUAUCCUGCUUCAAAAUACUGGUAGAUCACAAGCUGAGUGUUCCAAGAGAUUCAACGACCUGUCUGGACAAAUCAUUGACACACUUCACAAAGACAAUAGAGGCAACAGCCGAGGAACCACCCACACAUCUAGCUGUCGCUACCGGGUCUGCGCCCCUCCGGACCACUACAUCGUGCUGAACAUAACCCGGCUGGACGGCACUCCCCUUCCCAUUGGACACGUCUGCCUGCCGAGGGUUGUGAUAAAAAGCGGUGGCCCCUUGGGUAAGGUCACUACCCCACUGGCCACGCUUUGCAGAGGGGAGCAGCCCCUGCCGCUGGUGGUGCAGUCACAGGGCAACGAGCUCCGCAUCGUCUUCAGGAGCAAGGGCUGGCUGACAAGCACCUUCCAGGCUUCCUUCACUUUCCAUAAGCGAACAGGUCCAUCUUCUUGUAUAGCAUGCCCUUUGGUGCAAAAACUCAACGAGUCAAUGAAUGCUUCUCUCACGUCUCAACCUCAGAACGAGUCCCACAGCCAACUCGAGGUGCCAGAUGGUGAGUUUCAAUUGAAUUCCCCCCCCCCCAUUUUAACUGUUAUUCUUUAAACUAACAAUUCAUUUGUCUUUAUAUGCUGAUAAUCUUGUAUGCCGAAUGUGAGGAUUUGUCUCAUGUGCCGUAUGUGAAGAUUUGUAAUUUUUUAAAAGGAUUGCUUUACAUGUGCCUUACGUCAUUUGCGAUGAUGUUGGAUUUCAUGAAUCAUAGGACGGAAGAUUUGUUGAGUAUCAUUAAACAUGCUGCAAGAAUCAAUGUCAGAGUCAAGGCGAGAAGCCAUUUUACGUCAACAAUUAAGCCUGCGUGAUCACUUAACAUCUUGGCCCGGUCUUACAGAAAGUUGCGAUUGAUCCGAUCAAUCGUGGCUCUAUAGAAAUCCAUCAGCGUCAUAAUUUAUUAUCCAAGAAAAGUCCUUUGUAAACAGAGAGGCACACUGAAUUGUCAAGAAAACAAUAAAUUUAUGAAUAUAUAUCGUAUCUAGAAAACAUUUUGAACAAACAUGCAUUUUAGUUGUUGGCGUUGCUGGCUUUCCAUAGAUGUGAUUGAUUGGAUUUAUUGUAACUCUUUGUAAGACGGGGCCCAGGACUGGAACUUGAAAGCUUAGUAGUUUGAAUGCUACAUGUACGAUGUAAUCGUGAAAAUAUCACUUCUUAUAUCACGCUUUAUCUACUUUAAUUCCAGAUAAUUGGAUUCUGUCUGAAAUGAAUCCAAAAUUUGUUUCUUUGCAUCACCACUGAUCAAUAUUGUAAACAUCUAAACAAAAGACUUCAGGAACGCCUACAUGUUGUUUUGAUCAAAGUCAUCUCUUUUUAUAGAAAUAAGUUUACCAAGCUGUCUAGAAUGGUUAUUUUUGGUAAAGAGGGCUGCACAAUAUUGUUUAUGACGGUAUUUCCAUUUUCUCCAGCUGAAAAAUCACAAUAUGUUGAUAUUAAAGGACAAGUCCACCCCAACAAAAACUUGAUUUGAAUAAAAAGAGAAAAAUUAAACAAGCA